AUGACUCCGCCCCACGCGGAUAAAACCAAGGCAUGCCACUUCCACAGGAACAGAGGACACACCACCGAGGAAUGCACGGCUCUCCGAGACCGCAUUGAGGAUCUUGUCAAGUCUGGCCAUCUCCAGAACUUCACCCAACCUUCGGGAAGGAGGAGAUACGACAAUUCUUGGGAGAGGAGAGGAAACAGUGAAAAAGCACUCCCGAGGCAUCGAUCUAGGGAGAGAAGCAGGACCCCUGAAAGAAAUGACCGGCAGCCUGAACGAAAUCAACCCAAGAGGGUGAUAAAUACGAUUGCCGGAGGAUUCGCGGGAGGAGGAAGCACAUCCUCCGCCCGAAGGAGGCACUUAAGAGCAAUCAAGUCGGUAAAUGCUGUAGGAAGGGCAACCAUUCACAUGCCUCCUAUCACAUUUACCGAUCGAGACUUCAAGGGGGUAGACCCGGUACAGGAUGAUCCAAUGGUCAUCAGUGUCGAGAUCAACAAUUGCGUGGUAAAGAAGACGCUGGUUGAUCAAGGAAGCUCGGCGGAUAUCCUAUAUUGGAAGACAUUUGAACAGCUCGGCAUUCCCAAACAAGAAUUAACACCCUAUGGUGAGCCCUUGGUCAGAUUUUCUGGAGAACGGGUGGAUACCAGGGGAACAAUCGAUCUGUACACCUACUUUGGCGACGACCAGCAUAGGCGAAGAAUCAAAGUUCGAUAUGUGGUUGUGCACGCCAACACUUCAUACAACAUCUUGUUAGGCCGACCAUCCUUGAAUAAACUCCGGGCCAUCGUUUCCACACCUCACUUAGCCAUGAAGUUCCCCUCGGAGGAGGGAACGAUCAUCACCCUCCACGCGAACCAGAAAACGGCUUGCGAAUGUUACUUUGCCAGUCUGAGAGUUCAAUCGACGCUGAGACACACCCGAGAUGUCAAUGUCAUCGGAGACACCAGCCAACCCAACCCAGUUGGUGACUUGGAAUUGGACCCUAGAGUGGCAGACGAAGGCAGGGUUGAACCGAUUGAAACAACGAUUCCUUUUCAGCUCGGGAAGAAAGAGGGGCAGGUUACAUUUCUGAGCUCUCAACUAUCUGAAACGGAAGCCGAAGACAUCAAAAAGGUCUUGUGA